ACACACUUUAGAUAAGGACAAUUAGUCACCAGCAAGACCCUGUAGGAGAGUUUUAAAUCAGAGGGAUUUAAUGAGGGUGCUCAGUGCCUUCCCUGAAGCUAUGCCCGUCAGCAACUCCUGCCCCCCCGCGUGCCUAGCCCCGCUGGCUCUCUCCUUGGCUCUCUCGCUCCAUCUCUCCCUUUCCUCCCAAGCUGGAGACAGGAGACCCUUGCCUGUAGACAGAGCUGCAGGUUUGAAGGAAAAGACCCUGAUUCUACUUGAUGUGAGCACCAAGAACCCAGUCAGGACAGUCAAUGAGAACUUCCUCUCUCUGCAGCUGGAUCCCUCCAUCAUUCAUGAUGGCUGGCUCGAUUUCUUAAGCUCCAAGCGUUUGGUGACCCUGGCUCGGGGACUGUCGCCUGCUUUUCUGCGCUUCGGGGGCAAAAGGACCGACUUCUUACAGUUCCAGAACCUGAGGAACCCGGCGAAGAGCCGCGGGGGCCCCGGCCCCGAUUACUAUCUCAAGAACUACGAGGAUGACAUUGUUCGAAGUGAUGUUGCCUUGGAUAAACAGAAAGGCUGCAAGAUUGCCCAGCAUCCUGAUGUCAUGCUGGAACUCCAACGGGAAAAGGCAGCACAGAUGCAUCUGGUUCUUCUAAAGGAGCAGUUCUCCAAUACUUACAGUAAUCUCAUAUUAACAGCCAGGUCUCUAGACAAACUUUAUAACUUUGCUGAUUGCUCUGGACUCCACCUGAUAUUCGCUCUAAAUGCGCUGCGUCGCAAUCCCAAUAACUCCUGGAACAGUUCUAGUGCCCUGAGUCUGUUGAAGUACAGUGCCAGCAAAAAGUACAACAUUUCUUGGGAAUUGGGUAAUGAGCCAAAUAACUAUCGGACGGUGCACGGCCGGGCAGUGAACGGCAGCCAGCUGGGACAGGAUUACAUCCAGCUGAAGCGCCUGUUGCAGCCCCUGCGGAUUUACUCCAGAGCCAGCUUGUAUGGCCCUAAUAUUGGGCGGCCCAGGAAGAAUGUCAUCGCCCUCCUAGAUGGAUUCAUGAAGGUGGCAGGAAGCACGGUGGAUGCAGUUACCUGGCAACAUUGCUACAUUGAUGGCCGAGUGGUCAAGGUGAUGGACUUCCUGAAAACUCGACUGUUAGACACGCUCUCUGACCAGAUUAGGAAAAUUCAGAAAGUGGUUAAUACGUACACCCCAGGAAAGAAGAUUUGGCUUGAAGGUGUGGUGACCACCACAGCUGGAGGCACAAAUAACCUCUCAGAUUCCUUUGCUGCAGGAUUCUUGUGGCUGAACACUUUAGGAAUGCUGGCCAACCAGGGCAUUGAUGUUGUGAUCCGGCACUCAUUUUUUGACCACGGAUACAAUCACCUCGUGGACCAGAACUUUAACCCGUUGCCAGACUACUGGCUCUCUCUCCUUUACAAGCGCCUCAUCGGCCCCAAAGUCCUGGCCGUGCAUGUGGCUGGACUCCAGAGGAAGCCACGGCCAGGCCGAGUGAUCCGGGACAAACUGCGGAUUUACGCACACUGCACCAGCCAUCACAACCACAACUAUGUCCGUGGGUCUAUUACACUUUUUAUCAUCAACUUGCACCGAUCAAGAAAGAAAAUCAAACUGGCCGGGACACUUAGGGACAAACUCGUGCACCAGUACCUGCUGCAGCCCUAUGGACAGGAUGGUCUGAAGUCCAAGUCAGUGCAGCUGAAUGGCCAGCCCUUAGUGAUGGUGGACGAUGGCACCCUCCCAGAACUGAAGCCCCGCCCCCUGCGGGCCGGCCGGACAUUGGUCAUCCCCCCGGUCACCAUGGGCUUUUAUGUGGUCAAGAAUGUCAAUGCUUUGGCCUGCCGCUACCGAUGAACCUGCCUCACUCUCAGCAGCCACCAGCGGACCUGCUGGCUGGCUUUCCACUCCUUUGUGCUAUCAGUAUCCUUAUUUUUCAACCAUCUUAACAACCAACCAGUCUCUGCUGCCCCAUCCUGCUGGUAUCAACACAGACUUGCCUCCAAAGAGACAAAUGUCAUCUAUGUGAACUUAGCCUUGGUGGGCCCCAACCACCCUGAAGGAAAAGGUGGACACGGUGGGUUGUGUGUGAGCACAGGCGUGGUGUGGGAUGGCGCGCUCGGGCCCUGUGCACCGCCCGGACACAGCGAACCCUACACGCCCAGACAGCUGCCUCCUAGCAAGUCUCACGACCCUGGUCACACAGCGACGGGACUAUGGACCUCACUAGGCCUGUGGCUGCCGCCCUCUGAAGAAGAUGAAGAGGGAAGCGCUGGGCGGACCUUCCCGAGUCCAGUCCUCUUGUCACGCCUUCCUUUUGUCUGUCCCCUGCUGUUGCUCAGGGCUUCCUGUCACCUCUCCCCCUGGGGCACGUGGUGAGUCAGCGCGGGGCUGCUGGGCGAGCUGCUUGUGUAAUUUCCCGCUGACGUACGAGUGUGUGCAUCUGGGUUCCUGACAGUGGCAUCCAUCACCGGCUACUCCUCUGGGAAGCGGGUCCUUCAAAAGUAAAAUUGCAAUCAUACUCCAGACUUUGUAAGAAGGUUCUAUUCCUCUGUGAAUCUAGACUCCCCAGGGUUGGCAUGGAAGUCAGGUAACAAUAUCCACUGAGUGGAAAGCAAUGUGUUAGGCACCACAAAAAGCAAUCACCAUCCAUCAUGAGGCUGCGCUGUGCGGGAGAGUUUUAGUGCAAAGAGAAAGCUAAACCAUGACACUAACCCAUGAUACGAGCGUACACACACACACACACAUCAACUGGACAGACCUCAAAAUUCAGAGGAUGAGAGUCGGUUGGGGCCAGCCCUGAAUGGUUUGCUAUAAACCCAAAAUUAUCACUAUAAGAACAUGGAGUCUGGUCUUCCUGCCUGUCCCUGGUCUGCCUUCUGCCUCCCAGUGGCACUUACUAGGCGGAAACCAGAUCAGGCCAUCGCCGGUGACCACGUGGUUCCAGAGGGACUUAUCUGAGCAUAGAGCUAGCUUGCAGUUUGCCAUGUGGGUCAGGGAAGCCUGGAAUCCAAGGUCACAUGGGGAUCUGUGGGAUGGCGGUUGGGAAACUCGAGAGUGGGGGGUGAUUGUUAGGUCACCGACGUUCAGGAUGAAGGACCUUCUGUGUGACGAAAGGCCUUUGCAAACGUGCCACAAGUGAAGUGGCUUUCUUUUCUGUGGGAGUGAUUUUCUUUGUCGGAGUAAAUGGCGCAGAUGGUGUUUUUUUCAAAGGAGGGACAUUUGACACUGUCAGGACUCCAAUUUCUGCCAUUGGGAAGCGAGAGAAUUGGAGGAGGGGAGAUGGCUUAAGAUGUCCAGCAGAAAUGAGCCAGAAGGUAAGAGACUGGAGGUGGAUCAGACAAGAGAAAGGUAGCAUAGUCUCAGCGUGGAGGACUGAGAACUCAGGAGAGAGAAGCUGCCCAAAGCCUCAUUUCAUCAGCGGGGAAGAGAGUGGACUCCAUCUCCAACGUGUCUGUUACUAGAGACAAGAGCAUAGGAGGUAUGUGCUUAGGCAUGAAGAAAGGGGAAUCUGAGGACAGGGCUGAGCCUGUCAGUGGUGAGCAGGAGGUGCAGAGCCUGCGUGUGACUCAUGGCUGCCCAGAGGGGCCCCCUUUUCCAGUAGCACGCAUCUCCCGCUGAUGCUUCAGCCCUAGAGGAGCAUGAGGCAGCAGUGCUAAGAUGGGGUAUAGAAAGGAGAAGCGGCUGAGGAAAGCAAGGAAGAGAGAAGCAAAGAGAAAAACAGACAAUGUUGUUUUUUCAAACUGUCAAAAAAAAUGUGCAGGUAUCAAGUUUUCUUCUUUAUAUUGGGCCCUGGUACAACACCAGUUGCCAGAGGGCCCGGUGGGCCCUGCCCCCCCCGCCCCCUUUUUUCUAUGAGGUGUGGAGGGGCCUCUAGUUUGCGCGUGGUCACCAGGAGAAUGGGUGACUGAACUGCUAAGGCUCCAGAGCCUGUUCGGCUCACGGCCAAGUUCGGUGGCUGCCCAACUCACAGACGCUCCACUUUCACCCCCCCCCCCCACACACACACACACAAGCUCUGCUAAUUCAGGGCCACCGGGG